CCCUUCUCUUAUUCAACCAUCCUUUCUCUCUCCUCUUUUUUCUCUCUGUCUCUCUCUCUACACCAGUACCAUCACCACCACCUUCAUCAGCUUCCCCUCCAAACAGGACAUAAUGAGAGGACUAGUAACAAAACAAAAGGUGGUAGCAGAUGCAUGAGCAACAACAACAAUCCCUCUUUCUCUCUCUCUCACCACCUUUCUCUCUCUCUAAUCUACUCACAAUCUGCCAGAUUUCAUUCAAACCCCUCUUGAUUAUCCUCGGUUUCUACGCUUCCUUAACCCACCUCCUCUUCUCUGCUUCCCAGGAAUAUCAGGAUUGGCCAUGGUGAGCAUACGGCGGCGCAAACUCUUGGGACUUUGCUCAGGGCGAAGUUCUUUCUUCUCUCCACUUCCUAGGUUUUCUGACAAUGGAAAUGCUUCUGGAAACCCUACCCAGAAUGCAAAACCAGUCAGUGUUCAUCCUAUGCCUUCAGUUGAUGGUGAGCAGCCAAAGGAGAAAACCAUUUCAAAAGUAAGUCCUGGGUCGUCAAAUGCAUCUGGUUCUAGCUCAUCCAAAGAGCAGCAUAAUCAACAAUAUCCAGUGCCAGAGGUCAAACGCAGAAAGCGACAUCGGAGAAAGCAUUUUGAGAACCAAGAACCAUGUCUGAUGAGAGGUGUCUAUUUUAAGAAUAUGAAAUGGCAGGCAGCCAUAAAAGUUGACAAGAAACAAAUUCACUUGGGGACUGUUGGAUCUCAAGAAGCUGCUGCUCGUUUGUAUGACAGGGCUGCUUUUAUGUGCGGGAGGGAACCCAACUUUGAACUCUCGGAGGAGGAGAAGCAAGAACUUAGGAAAUUCAAGUGGGAUGAAUUCUUAGCAAUGACUCGUUCUGCAAUUACUAAUAAAAGACACCGGAGAAGAACCGGGGCAGGUGCGCGAAGAAAGUCUGAGCCUUCAACCCAGAAUAGUGACUGGGAAGGUGAGCAAGGAGUCAAUGGCUUCUCAGCUUCAGAAGACGUAGAGCCAGAAACAUCGCUCUCUUGAAAUUUUUUGGUUCAGGAACAAAGCUGAAAACCUAUGUGUUUGCAAUUCAGCCUAUCUUUUUUUAUUUUUUUCUUUUUCCUAAAUUUGGGUAUAUACAAGCCCCUAUUAGGGCAGGAUCGUGAUGGAACUUUAUAUAUAUGUUAGUAGCAGAUUUAUGUCUUUAAUUCAAUAAGAGUUCAAAAUUACUUGGGUUGAUAUCAUAAACAUCUUGAAGCCA